UACUGCAGCUCCUCUUAAGCUUCCCGCCUUAUUCUCACACAAUCUGCCUUCAUACUCAUACUGCUUCAAGCUCAUUCACUCGCCAGACUUUGGUCUCACUACCCAUGCCUGAGGACUCUGUGUUCUCAAUUACUCGUCUUCUUCUGUCCAUUGCUAAUCGUCUCUUCGUUCUCUAGCUAUUCUCAUGUCCUAAGCGGCAGCCACCAUGGAGGGCAAUGAGGAUGAUCCCUUCAAUUGGGAUGUCGAACAGCUGGUGCAUGAGCUAUGCAUCGCUGAAAGUCGGCCAUGGCAUCCGAGACUUGCGACCAAGAGACCCAACCCGACGGUCCUCGCAAAAGCACUGCGUGAGCAUGACAUUGACGGCGAGACGCUUCUCACCUACGAAGACGUCAUGCCGCCUCUUGACGGUCUGCUCAGGGACUUAGGCAUCGUCAAGAUCGUUCACAAAAUGACGAUUGUCAAAGCCAUCAACUAUCUCAAGUCUAAAAGCCGCGAGUAUCGCCAUCAGAAGGUCGAAAUGGCCAAAGAGGAGGCGGAUAGCCAAGAAAGCUCGCUGGAGCUGCAUGUCAACGGCGAACCGGAACGCGCAGCUCUGGAUCCCAGUAUCACGGAGGACCCCGCGACGAUUACCAAGACGGAAGACAUCACGAUGCGUGGCACCGCGGAUCAAGAUACAUUGGCAUCCGGCGUUGAAGAAAAAGACAAACAGACGAACGAACCACCUCAGAAGAAGAGAAAGAUGGCGCCAACUCUGAUCACAGCGACUGUCACCGGAAUUGGCAACAUACCUCUCAGUACAGCAGCUGACGAUGUUGUUACUCGGAAAGCUGUGACAGCGAGUACUCGGCCACCUAUAUCGAACGCGACCCCUAGCAGAAGCCGUGGGAAGACACCACCGGCCAUCCCGACAGUAAACGAUGACGCUAUCUCUCGGGAGCUCGAUACAACUAGCAUACGGUCUUCCUCGCAUGCGGCUUCCAGCAGACCCCAUGGGAAUACCCAGCGAGUGGACCAAGAGCUUGUCUCAAGAUACGAUUCUCUGGGGGCGUACUUUGGACCUGAUGCGCUUAUCAUCGGCCGUCAAGUCCCUCACUCAAGUCUUGUACCUGGUGGAAGCUCCGCAGAUGAGGGUAGCAAUACAUUUCACUUCGUUGCUAAGGGAUUGAUUGCCUCUGGACACAGUCGCCAAGUCCACCGAGCGUUGCGACGACUAAUGCGCACGAAUGAUAAGUCUCUGACGUUAUUGCGCAACGGUGUAUCUCCUUUCGUGGAGCCUGAAGAGGAAGAUGAGCUCCUUCCGGUAUUCGGAGACUCCGAUGACGACGAAGGUUACGACACAGAGACAAGGGACGCGAUUGAGGAAGAGGAAGAGGAGAAAAGGCAAGAGAUGGAACUUAAGUCUCAUCACCUGACUUCGCAUGAUGUCCAACGUGUGCUAGAGGAGGAAAUACAACGGAUUGAGGCCUCUUGGGACGAGAGAAAGCUACUCAAAAAAGAGUGGAAGGCCAACGCCAUCUGGAACAAGGCCCGGCGUACUGGUCUCGUCCGACAAAUAGCGAAUGCUACAUCUCGACUCGAGGCUCUCAAUAACCGCAUAGAAAAGCUCUGUCGAGAGAUCAAACUGAACGAAUGGCCGGCUAAAGACCAGCUGCGCAGACAAGCACGAUGCCUCGAGUCCAGUGUCGAGGACCGGCGAGCUGAAAAGUGGCUUCUCGAUACCUUGCGAGGACCCGAACCUACCCGACCACUGACGAUGCCCAAGCAACGGCCAAUUGCAGCCCCGCGGCCCGAUCUCUCUGACGAAGAUGGCGAUCUUAUCACCAGCGGCGACGAUGACGACGACAAUUUUGUGGUUGGCGACGACGACGGUUUGGUGGUUGACGAUAUGACCAACGCCAUGUCGCCCGUGGCGAGCGGCUCUCGUCCAGAAAGACCCAUGGAUCUGGAUGGCCCUGAAGAGGUCUCAAUGCAGGAACCUCAACCUCUGCGAUUGCUCAAAGGCGAGUCGCCAGCCGACGCUCUCGUCGACAUGAAAUCCGACGAUGGCAUCAUCGACUUGACAAUGUUUGACUCCGAGCCUGAGAAUGAGCCCGCCCGUCCUGAGAAUGAGCUUGCACCUCCUGAGGGGAAUUUCAUCUCUGUAGUCACGCCUGAGAAGCCAAGGACCACGGCAGCCGCAACGCCAGCUCCUGAAAGCGAAAUUGAUGAGCAGCCACCGCCUACCCAGGAACAGCUAGAAACUCCAUACGACCAAUAUGGAAAGAUUGGGGACAUCGCACCGACUAUAUGGAGAAAGCAAGGAGACGGCAAGCGACUUUUGAUCUGUGUCAUCUCGAGGCUAACCUCGCGAUGGAGAGUGGCCUUCUUUCGCAUUAUCCAGAGCAUGGCUCCCGCUGAUAUCUGGACGGACCUUGUGAUCACAGCACUAGAAGAGCUGCCGGAAAGUCACAGCCAAGAGAGUGCAGUCGAGCUCGGCACCGUCAUUGCCCGCUUGUUCAGAGUCUUCGCACUCUGUAAGCCGGCAGCUGCUAAUACCAUCACAAGAAGGCUCAACAACAAAGUCAAGGUCAGGAAGAUAAAGGGGAAGGUAGAUCAGUUUGAAGAUUUCUGUGAUUUCGUCAAAACUGUUAUAUUGCCCAACUUCCCUGAGGGUAACCAAACCAGCAGCUCGGGCCGUCGUGGAAGCCUUGAUAGUGGAGAGUCUUUGGGAAAUUUCACCGACGACGAUGUUGAAGACUCUCCGUCUAAGAAACGGAAGCCUUUGGUAGCCAUGGAUCAGACCGCCAUAGAUCUCCGCGAAAGCGACCGACGCCGAAGAGAAGAGCAGGAGCAGCGGCGGAAGGAAUUACGCAAGAAGCUAGCAGCAUCCGACACCAUCUCGAGCGACAAGUCACGUCUCAUUAUUAACGAAACCAAGGGAGAUGACGAAGGCCUGAUCUACAUUAAUAGCGACAUCGGUCAACGUAUCAAGGACCACCAGAUUGAAGGUGUCCGUUUCCUGUGGAAUCAGAUCGUCUACGACGCCAAGGUGCGGCAGGGAUGCCUCCUCGCUCAUACAAUGGGACUCGGCAAGACCAUGCAGGUCAUCACAUUACUUGUUGCUAUCGCCGAGGCCGCGCGAUCGAGAGACGAGUCUGUUCUGUCACAGAUUCCAGAGGACCUGAGGCAGUCCAAGACUCUGGUACUUUGCCCGGCCUUACUUGUCGACAACUGGAUGGAUGAGCUGUUGAUGUGGGCUCCCGAUGGGGUUCUUGGUCACUUCUACAAAAUGGAAUCCGUCGUCAAUGCACUGGAGAGAGCCCCAAUGAUCCGUGACUGGGACAAAACCGGCGGCGUGAUGAUUAUUGGCUACGACAUUUUCAAGAAAUUGGCUGUUCCCUCAGGGGACGAGAUGUUCACGCCCCUGGAGGCCAAGUCGAUUGCGCAAAUCCUCACAGAAAGCCCUAACCUCGUUGUUGCGGAUGAGGCUCACAAAAUGAAGAACCCCGAAUCGAUGAUAGCUAUCGCAGCCGCCAAGUUCAAGACUCAACGACGAAUCGCACUCACCGGUUCUCCUCUGGCAAACAAUGUGAUAGAAUUCUAUUGCAUGAUUAAUUGGGUCGCUCCCAAUUAUCUGGGUCCACUGGCAGAGUUCAAGGACUAUUAUGCCGAGCCGAUUCAGUCUGGUCUUUACGAGGACAGCACCGGAAGCCAGUACCGAAAGGCAAAGAAACAACUUGCUGUUUUGGAGGCUACUGUAGCGCCCAAGACGAACAGAGCAACAAUCAAGUCCUGUCUCAAGAACGACCUUCCGCCAAAGAUGGAAUUUAUACUCACUGUUCCCGUGACGCCCCUCCAGGCCAAGCUCUACGACGCUUUCUCCGCCGCCCUCAACAAUGGCGCGAACGUUGCAAGCGCCAAGACUCUGGGUGCCAACAUCAACUUUGGCCUCAUCGUCAAUCACCCUCGUUGCUGGCAAAAGAGACUCACGGAGGAGCGUGCGGCAUUGCUAAGGAAGGAACCGGCUACCCUGACUUUGUCAAGCACGAUCAUUAGCGAGGGCCUGAGAAUCUUGCAGCGAGAGAAGGAUGUGCCUUCGCCUGCCUUGUCUUGGAAAGUGCAGCUUCUCGUCGCCAUUUUGGACCAAUGCGAGAGGAUGAAGGAGAAAGUUCUCGUCUUUUCACAAUCAAUCCCGACCCUGGAUUAUCUGGACAAUCUGUUCAGACAACAGCGGAGAAGAUACUCUCGGCUGGAUGGCAGUACCCCAAUCCAUAAGAGGCAGCAACAAGUCAAAAACUUCAACAGUGGCGAAAACCAAGUCUAUUUGAUUUCAACGACAGCUGGUGGGGUUGGCCUGAACAUUCACGGCGCCAGCCGCGUGGUCAUCUUCGACUUCAAGUAUAAUCCUAUUCACGAGCAGCAGGCGGUCGGUCGAGCAUACCGCAUUGGCCAGCGAAAGCCGGUAUAUGUCUACAAGUUCAUCUCUGGCGGGACAUACGAACAAGCGCUUCACAACAGAUCCGUGUUCAAGACCCAACUGGCAUCACGGGUUGUGGACAGCGAAAACCCGAAAAGAUGGUCCAAGAAAGACAACGAGUACGCCAAAGCUCGCUGGGAGCCCGAUCAGGAUGACCUCAGUCCAUUCGCCGGCAAGGAUACUGUUCUCGACAGCCUUUUGACCCACCCAGGCAUGUCCCAGGGCAUACGCUCGAUUGUCAUGACGGACACCUUUGAAGAGGAAGAUACGUCCGAAAUCUUAACGCCUGAGGACUUGAAGGAUGUGAAGAACCAGGUCUACAUGAAUUCUAUCCGCAACACCGACCCAGAGAAGUAUCGUGAAAUGGAGCUGGCACGAAUCGCUGAACUUGGCGCUCCAGCCUUGGUGGGUGCAACAUCGUUCAUGCCACAAACAGUAAACCAAACCUUUGGUGUGGUUGGGAGCAGCGGUCAAACACCAAUUCCUGUUCCAAAUUUCGCUCAGAUGCAUAACUUCAACACAGCCCAGGCUUUCACUCCACCGGGAGGCAUCACGAAGACCUUGCCAGAUCCAAUGAAGCCGCCGCAGAUUACGGCUGUGCCUGUGCCAGUGCCUGGUGCUCUGACAACUCAGAUGGACGCUGCAGCAACACAACAAGCCGCCGCUCCCUCGCAUUCAAUACAGCCUGCAACUAUCGGUCCUGAUGCCCAGACUAGGGAGCAACCUGCUGAGCAGAUAUCAGUAGAGUCUCAAGUAGUUGGCCCAAUGCCUAUGCCCAUGGCUGGUGCAAAUACCUUCUUCAGGGCUCAGCAGACACCAGGUUCUCCCCCGCCUGCGGAAAAAGCUCUCUCAUCUCCUGCGGUAAAGAAAUCUAAGAGGUCCGGAUACAAUUGGGAGCAGCAGUUCAGGGACAAGAUCCUCGAGUCACUCGAUAUGAUAACGGACUCGGCGGUUGCUGAUGCGAUCAUGGAGGACAAAGUCGUCCUGACUGACCGGAUCGCAAGGUCGACAUUGCUCGUGAGAUCAGAGCUCAAGGAAGGAGAAUUGCCUGAUAACUCGCAUUUGAAGGAGCUGUGCGGUUUGAUGGGUAAUCCGAGAUUCGCUGCCGCAGUCCUCACAGGGCAUAUUCCUCCCUCCGAGCUUGCGUACGCGUCGACUGAAGGACUCAAGAACCUCUCGAACGAGUGGGAGGCGCUCCAGGAACAUGAGUUCCGCGAAAGACUCAAGCUGGGUCAAGUCACGACUGAGGCGCCUAAACAGCAUGCGCAGAUCGUUUCCGACUUGCCCACCAAACCUUUACCACCCGUUCGCCGAGCGAAUCCUUUCCAGGAAGACGACGACGACGACAACGAUUUGGAUUUGCUUAGGGAGGUUGCGGAAACAAGGCGACAGCGUGCGCCUAGGCUUCCCACAUGGGCAAGCAGAGCGGUGGAGGAAGGGGGACUUGAAGAACAACGGCGGACAUCAGAGCCCUCGUCAUCGGCGUCGGCGCCGGCAGGGCAAGGUUUGUGAGUGCGCAGAUUAGGCGUUUGCAACAGGUAUUCGGGUUGUUCUUUAAGGGGGCAUUUUCAGGCAUCUUGGAAGGCAUGGGCGUUUGACGGCAUUGCAAGGCCGGCUUUAUGAUACCCUUUUUGGAGGCGUUCAUUUGGAGGUUUUCUGAUUUCUCGCGGAGGACUUUCUAAGGGCGGCAUAGGAGUCAUUUGAGUUGAUGCCAAAAAAAUAGCAUGCAAAUGAACACCGUUUGGUAAGCCUAGGUAUCUGGCUCAAGGCUCACUCGGGGUAAUCAGACUUCUCAACAUUCAGGCGAGGCGG